AUGAGUGCCGCUGAGGAGCAAGAGCAGGCCGCCGACCCGCUUCUCGUGGCGCGAGGAGCCGACUCGCUGCGCGCAAAAGAGUUCCAGCUCGUGCGGCACCCACUCCCGGAUGACCUCCGGAUCCCAGAUCUUGAGCUGCCGCUUAAUUAUGAUCCGGCUCGUGCAGUUCCUCGUGAUGGAGCGGUGUCCAGCGCAAGUGCAGCCGGUGUAGUUACUAGUAGUGCGGUCAAAGUGCCUGCGCCCCGCCCUACCCUUGCGAAAAGCCCUUGGCCACCUGUCUGGAACGGAGGGAACCUUGGCCACCUGUCUGGAACGGAGGUCCUUCCGGCCACAACGAAUGCGAAGGAAUCCGAUAAAGAAGAUGCUGACAUCAGGGACGCUCCUGGUACAAUAUCUACAUCGCAUCGAGAAAGCAAGGCCAGUAGCUCGUCGAGACAUCCGAGGAAGAGAUUUAAGGCUGCUGUUCCGAUAAAUACCACGGGCGAUUCUACCUCCCCGGCGCCCGCCGCGCAAACCGUCACGCAAGUGGUCCAAGAGCGGAGAAAGGAGGAAACUGAAACGAAAGUUGCCCCUGCUGCAGCGGACGAAGCGACAGCAAAAAUUUCCUGCAAGUCCAAGUCGUCUCUCUCGUCGACGGAGCCUGUUGACGUUUUCUCUUCGAGCUACGCUCCCGUGCUGUCUCCCUUAUUGGAUCUGUCCGAUAUGGGCCUCCACGACAAAAAUCCCCAGCAGCCGAAAGUUUCCGAAAUCUCCGCUCUGCUCCACCGCAUUCUCGAUGUGAUGCUGCGAAAAACGUACGACUCCGUGCGGUCCGUCGAGGGCAUGGUUACGGUGAGUGGCAAGAUUCUUUUGUACAAGUACCUUCAGCAGCUUCGCCACCGGCUCUUGUCCCUUGCGAUCGCAAGCAACGACGCGGCAAUAGUGAAAAAGCUGACGCUUAGUUCCUUUUUCCAACGGAGUUUCAAAACCUUACUGAAUUCAGAGGACCUUCGCGGACGCGAAACACUCGGGGGCCGCAACGUCGAUCACGAGAGCCAGGAGGUGGUAACGCGACGUAGGUGCGACGUGAUGGUCAACCUGUUUCGCACGCCCAUUGUGUUGGCUCCCGAUGACCCCCGUCGGACAGAAGAUCGCGAUUUUGUUCUUUCUGCAAGAGGUCGUGCUCGCAUUGGUGACCAUAGCUACAUGUUGACAAGGAGCUCCAAUGCAACGGAACAACCGCUUUCUCCCUUGGAGCGACGCAGGCGAAAACUUGCAAAAUGGUGGCGAUUUACUCAUGAGAAUGCGCCGGACGGUGUUCCGCUCGAGCAGGACCCGCUUUGCGAGGAAGCUUUGUUUUCCCGAAAAGCUUGGCCGGCCCGAAAGCCGUGGAAAAAGGCGUCGCGACAGUGGCAGGCGGUCGUGCAGGACGCCCGUUUAGUGCCGCUGUUUGAAAAUUUAGGCUGGUCCCAGCAGAGUGUGACGGCCGUGAAAACGCAAAUCACUGCGAAUACUCUGCAAGCCGUGCCGCUGAUGAAAGCGGUGUGGGGCAAACGGGUGAACAUCUGCGAGUCCGAGGCCUCUGCAAUGAGGAAAACCAGCAGUUUUGACAGUUCAAUCACCUCCAGCUGCACCAGUGCACCCGGAGCUACGGAAUCUAGUUGCAGUAACCUUGCGAUGACGGCUGCCGUAUCUGGAGGAUCGACGUCGACGAGCAAGGCUGCACACGCCCC